AUGGCGGAACCUCCAAUAGUCCUUGACGGAGGAACUGGCUUCCUCAAAGUCGGCUAUGCCGCGCAGAACUUCCCCGAAUUCCAAUACCCCUCCAUCGUCGGCCGACCAAUCCUACGAUCCGAAGAGAAAGGCAACGAUGGCCUGGUCAUCAAAGACAUCAUGUGCGGUGACGAGGCCGCGGCCGCACGAACCAUGCUGCAAGUCUCAUAUCCGAUGGAGAAUGGCAUCGUGAAGAAGUGGGACGACAUGCAGCACCUGUGGGAUUAUACAUUCUACGAGAAGAUGAAGGUGGAUACCACAGGCCGCAAGAUCCUGCUUACGGAGCCGCCGAUGAACCCCCUGAAGAAUAGAGAGCAAAUGUGCGAGGUUAUGUUUGAGAGGUAUCAGUUUGGGGGUGUUUAUGUGGCGAUUCAGGCAGUUCUUGCUUUGUAUGCACAAGGUCUCAGCUCUGGAGUCGUGGUUGAUUCUGGAGACGGUGUAACGCACAUCGUCCCCGUCUACGAGUCCGUUGUUCUCAACCACCUUACAAGGCGCCUGGACGUUGCCGGCCGAGACGUCACACGCAACCUGAUUGCGCUGUUGCUCCGGCGCGGGUAUGCACUGAACCGUACCGCUGAUUUCGAGACGGUGCGCCAGAUCAAAGAGAAGCUCUGCUACGUGUCGUACGAUUUGGAGCUAGAUCAGAGAUUGAGCGAGGAUACGACCGUGCUAGUAGAGAGCUAUACAUUGCCUGAUGGGCGCGUCAUCCGUGUUGGGAGUGAGCGCUUCGAGGCACCAGAGUGCUUAUUCCAACCCCACCUUGUCGACGUCGAGCAACCGGGCAUUGCCGAAUUCCUAUUCAACACCAUCCAAGCCGCCGAUGUCGAUGUGCGCUCUUCCCUUUUUAAAGCCAUCGUGCUUUCCGGCGGGAGCAGCAUGUAUCCAGGCCUACCCUCCCGAUUAGAAAAGGAGCUGAAACAAUUGUGGUUGACCAAGGUGUUGGGUGGGAACCCAGAACGGUUGAGUAAGUUCAAGGUGAGGAUUGAGGACCCACCUCGGAGGAGACAUAUGGUUUUCUUGGGAGGUGCGGUGCUGGCGAAUAUUAUGGCGGAUAAGGAGAAUAUGUGGAUUACAAAAGCAGAAUGGGAGGAGCAAGGAACCAGGUGUCUAGAAAAGCUAGGACCGAGGUAG